GUGUUAGUUUAGGAUGAUUGAUUUGAUUUAAUCCGACCGGUCGAUUCCUUUUAUUCCUCCCUCCCCCUUCUCCCCUCCGUUCCAGUCCCCGGAUUCAAUCGCACAAUUGAUCAGCCAUAAUGCGUCUGUCUUCAACGGUCGUGCCCCUGGCAGGCCUGGCUCCGGCCAAUGUGAUGUGCAAUGCUUCUGUGGCACCGGGAUGCCAGGCAUUGGGCGAUAAGCUGUCAGAUGCGGUGUUUUACAGCGGCAGCCCCGUCUACAGCUAUGAAUCGCAGGAGUUCUGGUCCAACACGGAGAAGAUGUCGCCGGGCUGCAUCUUCCGUCCACAAUCCAGCAGCCAAUUGGCCCAAGGUCUCGGUCAAUUGGUCGAUGUCAAUGCCCAGUUUGCGGUGCGGGGCGGUGGACAUAUGGGAAUCAGGGGGUCCAACAAUAUCGAUGAUGGCGUUUUGAUCGUCAUGUCCAACCUGACCAAGUCGGAGGUGAACGAGGACAAGUCGCUUUUGUCGGUCGGUCCUUCGCAUCACUGGAGCGAUGUCUACUCCUACCUCCAGCAAUAUGGACUUGCAGUCCCUGGAGGUCGUUUGGGUCCAGUCGGUGUUCCUGGUCUCCUCCUGGCGGGAGGUGUCAGCUUCUAUGGCAACCAGGUUGGCUGGGCAUGCGACAGCGUCAUCAACUACGAGGUUGUCCUGGCCAAUGGAUCUGUUGUCGAGGUCAACAAGACGCACCAUCCUGAUCUCUUCUGGGCUCUGAAGGGUGGCAGCAGCAACUUUGGCUUGGUCACUCGCUUCGACAUUGAGACCAUCAAGUCUCCCAAGGUCUGGGCGGGUACUCACACCGUGUCGGCGCAGUACCUGGAUCGAUUCCUGGCUGCCGCCGCUACCUACGCGGCCGACAUCUCCGACCCCAAGACACACAUUGUUCCUGCUGUCGUGCCCGGCAACACCACGCUGGCAUCUGUGAUUCUUUUCUACGACAGCCCUGACACCGGCUACCCGGAUGCCUUCAAGCCGUUUACCGACAUUCCCGCUAUCAGCAGCACGGUCGGAUUCAAGACUCUGGGUGAAUUCGCUACGGAGACGGGCGCCAUGGUGGUUCCAGACAUCAAUGACGUUUUCGUCGCCGGUACAGUGUCGGGUACUACAUACGACGAACUCCACCGCGGUAUCAGUAUCAUCAACAGCACCUUCUUUGCUGCUCUCCCGGCUCUGUACGAGAAGGUGCCUGCGGCCAACAUCUCCACCAUUCAACUCGACUGGCAACCCAUCGGAUCUCUCUGGAUGAAAGCUUCGGAGGCCCGUGGCGGCAAUGCACUCGGUCUGGACUCGUCCAAGGUGUACCUCUGCUACGCCGAGGUGGUGGAAUGGAUUGGAUCAGCUUAUGAUGAGGCCGUCUCCACCUGGGUGAAGGAUGUGACUGCCGAGAUCAACGCUGCCACGGAGAAGGCUGGAUUGUUUGAAGCAUUCAACUACAUGGGCGACGCGGCCGGCUUCCAGUCCAUCUUCCCUGGAUACGGAGCGGAGAACCAUCAGAAGCUGCAGACGAUCGCGAAGCGGUACGAUCCUCAUGGUGUUUUCCAGACUUUGAUGCCAGGUGGAUUCAAGGUGUUUUAA